AUGCCCCAUUCGAGGUCGUCGUCGUCGACCGACAUGGCGACACGAGCAAUCUCCCGCUCAAGACGCGAUUUCUUCCGUGGUGUAGAGUUUGGUGGGCGGGACGUUCCCCUGGCCAAUGGUGUCGAUGAGCGCGCAGAGUAUGCCGAAAGGGAUUGUGAGCGGGCACGCGGUGGUGGGACAGCAAAGUCCUUUGCCGCUGGUGCGCGAUCAAAGUCGUCCGCCGUGGGACUGUACUCGUCCGAGUCGAUGGAGCGCUGGCGCCGCUUCCGUGGAGAGGGUGAGGGCGUAGCUGCUGCUGGUGAGCUGGUCGCAGCGGGUCUCGUGCGGGAUGCAGGCACUGGCGGGGGAAGCAUGAGCCCACUGCCAGGUUUCCGGGUUGCCGAGGUUGGAGCUUGCGGUCUGUACGCGGGUAUCGGCGGCGGACGAGUGGCUGGAACCGGUCUCCUCUGCGCCGGUGGCGGUGACAGCGAGUACGCCGCACCUUGA